GUCAAGUUCCCCCCUAGGCUGAGCUGUUGUUCCUCGCCAUGUUUUUAGGUUAAAUCUUGUUUUAUUUUCUUUCAGGGGUGGUGACAGCUGCCAAAACAUCACGAUGUCGAAUGUCUCCUACCACAUCUCCAACUUACUGGAGAAAAUGACCUCCACUGAUAAAGAUUUUAGGUUCAUGGCCACCAAUGACUUGAUGCUGGAGCUGCAGAAGGAUAGCAUCAAACUGGACGAGGACAGUGAAAGGAAGGUGGUGACUAUGCUGCUCAGGCUUCUGGAAGACAAGAAUGGAGAGGUGCAGAACCUGGCUGUCAAAUGCUUGGCUCCUCUGGUGAGUAAGGUGAAGGAGCCCCAGGUGGAAACGAUGGUGGACACUCUCUGCUCAAACAUGAUGUCCGAUAAAGAGCAGCUCCGAGACAUCUCCAGUAUGGGCCUGAAGACUGUCAUCGCAGAGCUCCCCCUCUCUACAACAGGUACUUUUAAAUACAUUUUUGUUCAUUCGGGAUCUUCCAAAGCUAUUCUCAUUUGGACAUUUAUAUCUUUAGGUGUGAACCUGACAACUGGAGUGUGCAAGAAAAUCACCUCUCAGUUGAUUGGAGCCAUGGGAAAGCAGGAGGAUGUGUCAGUCCAGUUGGAGGCUCUGGACAUUCUCUCAGACAUGUUGGGAAGGUUAAGUGGCGCAUUGGUCAGUUUCCAUGGAUCUUUACUGUCUAGCCUGCUUCCGCAGUUAACUAGCCCCAGAAUGGCGGUGAGGAAGCGCUCCAUUUUGGCUCUCGGUCAUCUGGUGCCCUCCUGUAGCCCCGCCCUCUUCUCUCAGCUGACCGAACACCUGAUGAUGGAGCUGUCCAAGGCCCCACCCACCUCCAUGUCCCGAACCUACAUCCAGUGCCUCGCUACAGUCAGUCGCCAGGGGGGACAUCGAGUUGGUGAACAUUUAGAGAAGCUAAUCCCUAUGGUAGUGAAACUGACCAGUGUGGAGGAUGACGAGCUCCGAGAGUACUGUUUCCAGGCAUUUGAAGCUUUCAUCAGGAGAUGUCCAAAAGAAAUGUCACCGCACAUCUCCACGGUGACACAGCUGUGUCUAAAGUUCAUGACCUAUGACCCCAACUAUAACUAUGACGAUGAAGAGGAGGAGGACAGUAUGGAUAUAGAGGAUGGCUUUGGUGAAGAGUCAGACGAUGAGUACAGUGACGAUGAUGAUAUGAGCUGGAAAGUGCGGCGUUCCUCCAUCAAGUGUCUGGAGGCUCUGAUCCACACCAGAAGAGACCUGCUCCUGUCCUUCUACUCCUCCCUCUGCCCCGCCCUGCUCGCACGCUUCAAGGAGAGAGAGGAGAAUGUACGCGCAGAUGUCUUCUCCGCCUUCUCCACUCUCCUCAGGCAAACUCGAGUGGGGAGCAGCCAUGUUGGACUGAUAACCGAGCAGGGGACAGCGAGAGAGGAGGAGCCGACUUUUGCUAUGUUGAAGAAGCAGGUGCCAGUGAUAGUGAAAGUUCUGCACAAACAGCUAAAAGACAAGAGUCUGAAGUCUCGACAGGGCUGUUUCUCUGUCCUGACUGAACUGGCCCACACUGUACCAGGAGCACUGGAAGAACACAUCCCUGCUCUCAUACCUGGCAUAGUCUUCUCCCUGACAGACAAGUCCACCUCCUCCACCAUGAGGAUUGAUGCUCUGUCAUUCUUCCACGUCCUUCUGGUGUCCCAUCCUCCACAGGCCUUCCAACCACACAUGCAGGUGCUGUUACCCCCGGUGGUAGCUUGUGUAGAAGACUCCUUUUAUAAGAUCACCUCAGAGGCUCUCCUGGUCACACAGCAGCUAGUUAAAGUAAUGAGGCCGCUGGACAAGAACACUGCUGGAGGAUUCGACCCCAAGCCAUUUGUCAAAGAGGUCUUCUCCUCAACAUUGAAAAGGCUAAAAGCUACAGACAUCGACCAGGAAGUGAAAGAGCGGGCUAUUUCCUGCAUGGGUCACAUGGUCUGUCACCUGGGUGACCACCUGGGGGCAGAGCUAAAGGGUGUCCUUAGCAUUUUUUUGGAGAGGCUGAAGAAUGAAAUCACAAGACUGACCACAGUGCGGACCUUCACCCUGAUCACAUCAUCUCCACUCAAGAUUGACUUAUCCUCCAUUUUGCCUGAAGCCUUGUCAGUGCUGGGCUCUUUCUUGCGUAAAAACCAGAGAACACUCAAGUUGGGGACGUUGGCGUGUUUAACUGCUUUAGUCACACAUCAAACCUCCAGCAUCAAACCUGCAGCACUGGAGCCAGUCCUGAGUGAACUGCCCCUUCUAGUGGAUGAGAGCGACAUGCACGUGUCUCAGUUGUCCAUCACUCUGCUGACCUGUAUGACCAAAGCCUGCCCCUCCUCUCUGGCAAAGAUCAGCUCCUCUGUGCUCCCUGGAGUCUUCAAACUGGUCCACUCCCCACUGCUUCAAGGAGGAGCACUGGCAGCCAUUUUGGACUUCCUCCAGGCUCUGGUGCUUUCCAAAACAAGUAACCUCGGAUUUAGUCAGCUGCUGAAGUCCCUGAUGGAGCCCUUCCACAGUCCCCAGUGCCUGUCAGACAUCCACAGACAGUCGUACCACUCUGUCGCCCGCUGUGUGGCUGCGCUGUGCUCUGUCUGCUCCAAAGACACACCAGGGACAGUCUCCAGCCUCAUACAACAGGUGAAGAGCCACAAUUCCCCGGAGUCGGCUCGGGUCCUGGCCGUGCUGUGUCUGGGGGAGGUGGGGAGGAGCGGCAGUCUGGGAGGCAGUAAGGAAGUCCAGGCAGUCAUCCUAGAGGCCUUCUCCUCCUCCAGUGAAGAGGUAAAGACUGCAGCGUCCUGUGCUCUAGGCAGCAUGGCAGUGGGCAGUUUGAAUGACUACCUCCCCUUCAUGUUAAAAGAGAUUGCCUCACAGCCAAAGAGACAGUACCUGCUGCUCCACUCACUCAAAGAGGUCAUCAGUGCUUGUCCAGCCCGCAGCCUCUUCCCACACUUGGAGUCCAUCUGGGCCCUGUUAUUUCAGAACGCCCAGUGUCCAGAGGAGGGAACCAGGAACCUCAUAGCUGAGUGCCUGGGAAAGCUCACUUUGGUCAACCCGGAUCAGCUCCUUCCCAGACUCAAAAAGCAACUCACGGGAGGAUCUGCUCUAGCCCGUAGCACAGUGGUAACAGCUGUAAAAUUCACUAUUAUUGACCAACCCACGGCCAUUGACACACUGCUGAAGGACUCCAUAGGGGACUUUUUAGCUACUCUUAAAGAUGAGGAUAUCAAUGUGCGGCGCGUGGCUUUGGUCAUGUUCAACUCUGCAGCUCAUAAUAAACCGUCUCUCAUUCGGGGGCUCCUGCCAAAGGUUCUGCCCCAUCUGUACCAAGCGACACAGAUCAGAAAGGACCUGAUUAGAGAGGUGGAGAUGGGUCCAUUCAAACACAAAGUAGACGAUGGCCUGGACGUCCGUAAAGCAGCGUUCGAGUGCAUGUACACCCUGUUGGACAGCUGCCUCGAAGGGCUGGAUGUACUGCAGUUUCUGGACCACGUAGAGGAAGGACUCAAAGACCAUUAUGACAUCAGGAUGUUGACCUUCUUGAUGCUGGCAAGACUAGCCUCCCUGUGCCCUGCUGGUGUUUUACAACGAUUAGACCGAUUGGUGGAGCCACUGAAGGCCACAUGCACAACAAAGGUAAAGGCUGGCUCUGUGAAGCAAGAGUUUGAGAAGCAGGAAGAGCUGAGACGAUCAGCCAUGCGUGCUGUCGCCGCCCUGCUGGCAGUGCCCGAGGUGGAGAGGAGCCCUAGCAUGGCCGAAUUUGCCAACCUGAUCCACACCAAUGCAGACAUGGCCUCCAUUUACCAGAGUGUCCAGGGAGGGGACGCUCCUGGGUUAAGCCCAGCGGAGGGCAUGGAUCUGGACUAGGUUUGAGAUACAGUGCACCAGUUUCACAGAAUACAAAUACAGUUUUUGACAAAAUUUAAACUAUUUUUUAUGAAUGUUUUAGUAGCGGUUCU